AUGCUCGACUUAUACAACAUCAUAGAACCAGAGCAGUUCGUCGAAUUCUACUAUAAUACCUUCGAUGGAAACCGGACACAACUUGCCGGCUUAUAUCGCCCGAACUCCAUGCUCACCUUUGAGCAAACCCCGACCAUGGGCGCCGAUGCCAUCAUGGAGAAGUUGACCGGCCUUCCCUUCUCAAAAGUCAAGCACCAGGUGGCAAGUCUCGAUGCCCAACCCGCGGCCGAAGACGGCUCGAUCGUCGUGAUGGUGACCGGCGCACUUCUGGUCGACGAAGAACAGCGACCGAUGAGCUACAGCCAAGUGUUCCAGCUGAAGCCCGAUGGACAAGGAAGCUAUUACGUGUUCAACGACAUCUUCCGACUAGUCUAUCCGGCUGCGUAA